AUGCCUUCCACUAUGCAAGCUGCUGCCCUUCUUGGUGCCCUCAUUGCCUCCGUCAGCGCACACGGCCACCUUGCCGCCAUCAACGUGGACGGCAAGGACUACAAGGCCUACGACCCGGCCUUCCAGUACCAGGAUCCCGCUCCUGAGGUCAUCCAGUGGUCGUGCCCCGAGUGCCUCGACAACGGCUUCGUCGAGCCCUCCAUGUACGACGACGCCACCAAGAUUGCUUGCCACAAGGACGCGACGCCCGGCGCCAAGGUAGCCAAGGUAGCUGCCGGAGGCAAGAUUGAGAUUGAAUGGACCACCUGGCCCGAGUCUCACGUUGGCCCAGUCCUAGAUUACCUGGCCAAGGUCGACGAUGCCACGACCGCCAAGGCGUCUGACCUCGAGUUCUUCAAGAUCGCUGCGUCUGGAUACGAAAACGGCGAAUGGGCUGCCACCAAGCUCGUCAAGAACAACAACUCCUGGUCCGUCACUGUUCCAGACAGCAUUGCUCCCGGCCAGUAUGUUCUCCGUCACGAGAUCAUCGCCCUGCACUCUGCUGCCCAGGAGAAUGGCGCCCAGAACUACCCCAAGUGCAUCAACCUCGAGGUCACGGGCUCCGGCACUGCUACCCCAAAGGGGACCCCGGCUGGCAAGCUUUACACCGCCACUGACCCCGGUAUCAUGACCGAUCUCUCCAGCCCCGAGAGCUACAAGAUUCCCGGUCCCCCCCUUUUUAACGGUGCCAGCUCUAACCAGACGACUCGCCGCCACGCCCGCGCUUUCCGUCUGUAA